AUGCCUAACGACACCCAGUCGACUCCUGCCCCUCAUGAGCCUAACGAGCUGAUACACUUUGACCACGUUGGCAACAGCAUACCCAGUGUUGCCGGCGCAAUGGGAGACGGAAACCAGCCCAACGAGACUGACCAUGCCGCUUUUCCCGGUUCGUUGUUACACAUGCCCGAAAUCCCCGGACUCUUAGGUAACGGCUCGUGGAAGGUCAAUGUAUUUAGUGGCUUGAUAUAG